CCCCCGAAAGCAGUUGGGGACACAGCGCCCGGAGACGACGGGGUGGAAGAUAGGGCACGUGGUCCUACUGUAGGCCUUGUGUUUUAAGUGACGUGAGAGGGCACUGGAGUUCGACCAAGAAUGGGACAUCUUAGGUGUCCAGGCAAGACAAGAUUGUGGCUAAGACCCUGGGGAUGGUGUGGAUGAUUUAGGUGUGGGGUGCAAGGAGGAAUCAAGGGGGCUGCCCACUGGGUGGAUGGUGGUGAAGGUUGUUUCUGUGGAGGAGUGGGGGCCAGUGAUUUGUUGGGAAAAUUCAGAGGACCCUUUGGACAUGUGAACUUGGAGGUGGAGAUGUGUGAACUUGAAGAUGGUUAUUAGAAUUCUAAACGGAGUUGUAGAUAUUAUCUAGGCAACUUAGAUAUAGGAAUCUGGCAUUGAAGGGAGAUCGGAACUGGACAUACAACUUUAGGAAUGAACUGCCUAAAUCUUAAGUUUAAAGCUUGGAUGACAUCUUGGAGCAAGUCAGAAAAGCUGUGGAUCAAGUCCUAGAAUUCAGACAUGGGACCUGAGGAACACUGAACAUUUAGAAUAUGGGAAGUGAAAAGGAGGAGAUCAGCAAAAACUGGGAAGAAACAGUGGAGAAGGAAAACCAGGCGUUCUAGAAGUCAAGUGAAGAGAAUUUUCAGAGAGAAUGAUUGGCUUUGUUACAUCCUUCUGAGAAGUUGAGUAGGACCAUCAGCUUUGCAAAAAGCUCUGCAGCCAAGCAGCACAAGGGCCAGGGCUAUGGCUGUUUCAUUCACCCCUACAGCUCCUGUCCUCGGAGUAUUGCGUGCCAUUUACUAAGUGCUAGAUACAUAUUGGUGGCAUUAAUAAAUGAUAGAUUAAUGAAUGAAUGAAUGAUAUAGGUGUUAAUUGGCAAGGCCUGGGUUCUUCUAGUGAAGCAGAAAUUGAUGCAUGGGUCAUUUCAAAUUAAAAAAUGACUUCAACAGAUUGAGAGAGGAAACAGUUUAAAUUAGUCCACAGAUAACAUUAUUCCAAAUAUCUCAAUCACAGAAUGUAUCCUAGUGUUCAUUUUCUUUCUUUUUCCUUCUACGAAUGCAAAAUCUACAGAACAAAAAGCAUUAUGUAUUGAACAUCAGCACCGUAAUGGCCAUAGCUGGAAUAAUGUUACUUCUAAGAAGUAUUCGGAUGACAUCAAAAUUUACAAGUUCUUCAGAUAUUCCAGUAGAAUUUAUAAGAAGGAAUGUUAAACUACGUGGACGAUUACGCCGAAUAACUGAGAAUGGUUUAGAAAUUGAACAUAUUCCCAUUGCUUUACCUAUUAUAACUUCAUGGAAAAAAGAGCCAUGUGGUGUUUUGCUGGUUAAGCUGGCAGGAGUAGAACUCACUGAAACCGGGAAGGUGUGGUUACAAAAAGAGUUAAAACCUUCCCAGCUGGUAUGGUUUCAACUUCUUGCAAAGGAGAAUUCAGCACUUAUUUGCUAUCUUCUAGUGAAUAAGGGUAGAUAUUUUAGUGUGAGUCUGAAUGAAGAAAUUUUGAGAAGAGGCCUUGGCAAAACUGUUCUUGUUAAAGGGCUAGAUUAUGAUUCUAAAAUCUAUUGGACAAUUCACAGAAACUUACUUAAAGCUGAAUUAACAGCGUUAAAAAAAGGAGAAGGAAUAUGGAAGGAAGAAUAUGAAAAAGAAAGUUAUUUGGAAAAAUUGAAGGGCUCCUGGAGAGAAAUAUGGAAAAAAGACAAUUAUUUUAAAAAAAUUGGAUCAGAUUUCAAUUUGAAAAAUGAAAGUUAUUAUGACAAACUUAGAAGGACUUAUGAAACAUGGAAAGACCACAUAAAUAACUACUCCUUAAUACUGAAGUUCAGAGAACUUAUGAAUCGCAUACACUUUCGUAGAAAAGGGUGAAAUAUUCUAAGAGGCCUGGAGGUGACCUGCUCAGAAAAGAGUAAACUAUGUAAAUAUAUGGAUAUUGAGUUGAAACGGAAAUUCCUCCAAAUGAUCAAAGUUGCAUUGUAAUGGUACUUAAAUAUUUAAGAGAUGAUUAUUUUAAAUGUCAUAUCAGAAUUACUUAAGCAAAUUGUGAUUAAUAUAAUAUGCUUUUAGGAAAAAUGAAAUACUUUAUAAAGUUACCAGGGUAAAGGAUGUAUAUCUGUAAUGUUAAUAUUUGAAGACAGAGUUUAACUAUUGGACACUGUAUUAUUUUAGUUAUUUGGGGCAGCCAUAUUUAAUUUUUGUUCAACAAGAAUAUUUUGUUUACUUUUCCGGUUUUAUCAAUUUUGAUUACUUAUAAUAAAGGAACUCUAUGCAUCA